UGUGCGCUGGAUGGAGAGCGCCGGGGGCGCAGCCGGCAGGGCGCAGCGCUCGCCUCUCCGCGGCUGUCCGCUUCCUUGCAGCGGAAACAAGAGCCACCUGUCUCUGAAGAUACGCACUUGAUAAUGGCCACAUUUCUAUUUGGGAGCUUCAGAAGUUCGUGCUUCUCUAAAAUUGCUGCAAUCUGCUUUGUCGACGCUUGCUGAAGAAACAUUUUUUCAGACAGCCACAGACUAACACCUGCUUUGAGUUUGUAUGGCCAAUAAGAUGGGAAAAUGGCAGCCGCUGCUGAGUUAGCAGGAAGAGAGUUUUGCAUCUCGGAUGCCGGUGUUUUGCACUAUAAUGGCAUGCAACCAGACUCCUGCAGACGUCUUUGUCGCUCUGAAUGCAAGCACCUGGCUGGCAGACUCCAGUUACACAGUGCUGCCAACCCCGCUCAGGAUACUACUGGCCAUGAUCAUGCUAUUCAUGAUUGCCGUUGGGUUUUUGGGCAAUGCUGUCGUCUGCCUGAUUGUCUACCAGAAACCAGCCAUGCGUUCGGCGAUCAACCUGCUUUUAGCUACCUUGGCUUUCUCGGAUAUCAUGCUGUCAUUGUUCUGCAUGCCUUUCACCGCCGUCACCAUUCUGACGGUGAGCUGGAACUUCGGGGCUCGCUUCUGCCGAAUAUCUGCCAUGCUGUACUGGUUCUUUGUCUUGGAAGGCGUCUCUAUACUCUUGAUCAUUAGCGUCGACCGAUUCCUCAUCAUCGUCCAGCGCCAAGACAAACUCAACCCCCACCGCGCUAAAGUCAUGAUUGCGGUUUCUUGGGCCUUUUCCUUCUGCAUCGCCUUCCCUUCAGUGGUUGGGUGGAUGUUCGUAGAAGUCCCGAGCCGCGCUCCCCAGUGUGUCCUGGGCUACACAGAAUGUCCUGCAGACCGAGCCUACGCCGUGAUGCUCCUUGUGGCCGUUUUCUUCAUCCCGUUCAGCAUCAUGCUGUACUCUUACCUUUGCAUCCUGAACACCGUCCGCCGCAACACCGUCAGGAUCCACAACCACACCGAGAGCGUCUGCUUGAGUCAGGUGACCAAACUAGGCCUCACCGGGCUGCAGAAGCCUCACCAGGUGAACGUCGACAUGAGUUUCAAGACCAGGGCCUUCACAACUAUCCUCAUCCUUUUCGUCGGCUUCUCUCUGUGCUGGCUUCCGCACACGGUGUUUAGCCUGAUGUCUGUGUUUAGCAGAGAUUUCUACUACAGCCCUUCUUUCUACAUCACCAGUACCUGUGUGUUAUGGCUGAGUUACCUCAAGUCUGUGUUCAACCCUGUCAUCUAUUGCUGGAGGAUCAAGAAGUUCCGCGAAGCCUGUCUGGAGUUCAUGCCAAAAACAUUCAAGAUCUUCCCCAAAGUGCCUGGACGAACAAAAAGGAGAAUAAGGCCAAGCACAAUAUAUGUCUGUAGCGAGCACCAAUCCGCAGUUUAGGAACCAUAAAAAAAUAUUUAAAAAAGACUGAGCAGCUUGUAUCUUCCGUCACUGCCCUCACAGCACCAUGUUGUUUUCUUUAAUGUGUUGAUUGUAACCCAGAAAACUUGGGGAGUUUUGUUCUUGUUAUCCAUUAAAUUGAAGCACUUCCCACACCUAGUCUCAUUGUCAGGUUAAACAAGUGUUGUGGUCUUACCAAAUACACUGCCAAAUAAAAGAUACUGCCUGUAUCAUUCUAUUUUCUCACCAACAGCCAAGCGCACACAGUGAAAUAAUCGGUAUUGGAUUUUAGCUCCAUGACUCCCCAUUAUGUUAUUUAGGUUUGUCCUGCGAAGAGCGACAAGCGGCAACAAAUUGUGAAGCCCGACAAAACACAAUGAGGCACAAAUCUUACCGCAUGUUUUAUCUAUCGUUUUGCACAAUCUAGCAAAAGUUGGUUGUGAUUGAAAACACUUAAUUUCAUGGAAGAGCCCAGGUUAUGUAUGUGCUGUUAAAUGCAAGAUCACAUUUUGUUCUUUCUAGGUUUAUUCUCUUAAAAAUAACAGUAUAUGAGAGAGAGAGAGAGAGAGAGAGAGAGAGAGAUCAGUUUGGGACCACGGAGGCUGCAGGAGAUGAGCCCAACUCCCUGGCAGCAAUACUGAUGAAGGACCACACCCACCAUCAGUUUUGUGAACAAAGUUUCCAAUGGCUAGUGGAGAGAGGACCCCUCAGGAAUGGCACCCAAGCUGUGGAAUACCAGAGGCUCAU